GGGGUUCAGUCAGGACUGUCCGCGCUGCACCGCCUGUGACGCCGACUCGUCUGUGAUUAUUUUAAAAGAACUAUAAACUGUAUUAUUUGAGGAAAAGUCAUCUUGCUUUGAGGCGGGGAUGGCGGACGAGUGCGGAGUGAGGGUGGUGUGUCGGUUCAGGCCACUGAACGAAUCCGAAAUCAACAGAGGAGACAAGUACGUGCCCAAAUUCAGAGGUGAAGACACCGUGGUGAUCGCUGGGAAGCCGUAUGUGUUUGACCGAGUUAUUCCACCCAACUCGACACAGGAGCAGGUGUAUGAAUCGUGUGCGAAAGACAUCGUGAGAGAUGUUCUGAGUGGCUACAAUGGCACCAUAUUCACCUACGGCCAAACUUCAUCAGGGAAAACGCACACCAUGGAGGGAAAACUUCACGAUCCUCAGCUUAUGGGGAUAAUUCCUCGUAUCGCUCAUGACAUUUUCGAUCAUAUUUACUCCAUCGAGGAGAACCUGGAGUUCCAUAUUAAGGUUUCCUACUUUGAAAUUUAUCUGGAAAAAAUCAGGGAUUUGCUGGACGUGUCAAAGACCAACCUGGCGGUGCAUGAGGAUAAAAAUCGUGUUCCAUAUGUGAAGGGUUGUACCGAGCGCUUCGUCUCCAGUCCAGAGGAGAUGAUGGAUGUGAUUGAUGAAGGAAAAUCAAACCGUCACGUGGCCGUAACCAAUAUGAAUGAGCACAGCUCCCGCAGCCACAGCAUCUUCCUCAUCAACAUCAAACAGGAGCAUCUGGACACAGAGCACAAACUCACAGGCAAACUGUACCUGGUCGACCUGGCUGGCAGUGAAAAGGUCAGUAAAACAGGAGCAGCCGGGGCGGUGCUGGACGAGGCUAAAAACAUCAACAAGUCUCUGUCUGCCCUUGGCAACGUCAUCUCUGCACUGGCAGAGGGCACUAAGACUCACGUGCCGUAUCGUGACAGUAAGAUGACUCGGAUUCUGCAGGAUUCUCUGGGUGGAAACUGCAGGACCACAAUCAUCAUCUGCUGCUCUCCAUCUGUCUUUAACGAGGCCGAGACCAAAUCCACACUGCUGUUCGGACAGAGAGCUAAGAGCAUCAAGAACACAGUGUGUGUGAAUGUGGAGCUGACGGCAGAGGAGUGGAAGAAGAAAUAUGAGAAGGAGAAACAGAAAAGAGAGAGUCUGAAAGGCGUCAUAGAGAAACUGCAGACAGAGCUCAACCAGUGGAGGAACGGUGUUUGUGUACCUGUGCAGGAACAGUUGAGUGGUGAAGAUCAGAAGGAGAUGGGUGACAGUACACCAGUCAUCAGCAGCACUCUACCCUCCAUCACCACAGUUACUGCUGUGGAGAAGGAUCAGCAUGAGGAGAACCUCAGAAACCUGUACAAACAACUGGAUGACAAGGAUGAUGAGAUUAACAUGCAGACUCAGCUGGCUGAGAAACUCAAGCAGCAAAUGGAGGUGCAGGAAGAGUUGUUAGCGUCAUCGCAGCGGGACAGUGUGCGUUUGCAGGAGGAGCUGUGCUGUCUGCAGAUGGAUAAUGAGGAGCUGAGGGGGGAGGUUAGGGAGGUGCUGUCUGCGCUGGAGGAGCUCGCACUCAACCACGACCAGAAGUGCCAGGAGGCAUCCGCCUGCACACUCGCCAACCACACGCUCACCCAGCAGCUCACGCUGAAGAACGAGCUUCUAGAGGCCGCUCAAAGGGACUUGGCAGAACAGCUGGAGGUCUGUGCUGUCCAGAGGAGGAGAGCAGUAGAGAUUCUCGGUCUGCUGCUGAGAGACCUCAGCGAUAUGGGAGCCAUCAUGGGUACCAAGGAUAUCAAAACGUUGUGCGAUGGCAGCUCUUCUCUAGAGGAGGAGUUUACAGUGGCUCGGCUCUUCCUCACGAAACUGAAGUCAGAACUAAAAAGCCUCAUAAACCGCACCAAGCAGCUGGAGACUGCCCAUGACCACGCCUCUCUCAAGAUACUGGCCAAUGAGAGAGAACUGGCCUCCUGUCAGUUACUCAUCUCCCAGCAUCAGGUGAAGAUCAAGUCUCUGACGGACUACAUGCAGAAUGCUGAGGAGAGGAGGAGACAGCUGGAGCUCAGCCAGCACAGGCGAACAGAGGAGCUAGCCAAUGUGCACACACUCGAAAGCAAUCAGGACUUGUGUGAAGUUGAGAAGAAGAAAGAGCAGCUAAAAAUGAACCACACACAGGAAAACAAGAGUGUCCUGAUUGAGGGCCACAUAGAGACCCCUCAGAAGCAGCUGGCUCACCUGCAAGAUGAACUGUGCAGCAAACAGAGGAUGCUGGAUGAAGUGCAGGAGUAUAAUGAGAAUUUGCUGUUGGAGCAGAGAAAACUGCGCUCUGAUUAUGAGGCUCUGAAGAUACAGGAGCAGGAGAAAGAUCAUAAACUGCAGAGAUUAGUCUUACUUAAUGAAAAGAGGGAGCUGGCCAGUCAAGAGCUGAGGGGUCUUGAGGAGACAGUGGCCCGAGAGCUGCAGACCUUACAUAAUUUGCGAAAGCUGUUUGUGCAGGAUCUGUUGACACGCGUGAAAAAGAGCACUGAGCUGGACUGCGACGAAGGUGGGAGCAGUUUUCUACAGAAACAGAAGAUCUGCUUCCUGGAAAAUAAUCUAGAACAGCUCACCAAAGUCCAUAAACAGCUGGCUCGGGAUAAUGCAGAUCUGCGCUGUGAGCUACCGAAGCUGGAGAAGCGUCUGCGUGCGACUGCAGAGAGGGUAAAGGCUCUGGAGGCGGCCCUCAGACAGGCCAAAGAGAGCGCUGCACGAGACCGCAAACUCUACCAGCAGGAGGUGGACCGCAUUAAAGACGCAGUCCGAGCAAAGAACAUGGCACGACGUGGACACUCUGCUCUCAUCGCCAAGCCUAUUCGUGCAGGUCACCAUCAUACAUUCUGUCCAGUUGCUUUGAGAGGAGGACCGACAGUCUACAGCUAUCAUCAUGUUUAGUCAACCACCAGCCUGUUGUCAUCUCCAUAACUACGCUACAGUCGUUCUUGUGACAACAGCCAAACCACAGCCUUUACCCUUUAUUGCUCAUCUGGCUUACUGCUGUGGUUCUUUUGUGACCUGUUCCAUGAUAUCAAGCAC